AGGGAACUGAGAACUACCAGUGUUGGCUAGCGAUCGCGUGCGAAUAAAGAACAAAAGUGUGAUAUGUCGCUGUGAAUAGCCAAUUAUCUGUGUUUUCUCGUGCUAAAUCCGAAAGUUUUACGCAAUGUCUGAGCCAGAGGUGACCGGCGUUGUAGGUAUGAAAUCGCCCAACAUAUCCUCCUCCUGCUCGUUCUUCAAGCUGAAGAAGCUGUCGGAGGAGUCGCUACUGCAGCCGCCGGAAAAGGUCUUCGACAUUAUGUACAAGCUGGGCGAGGGCAGCUACGGAUCGGUCUACAAGGCGGUCCACAAGGAAAGCAGCUCCAUUGUGGCCAUCAAGCUGGUGCCCGUGGAGUCCGACCUGCACGAGAUCAUCAAGGAGAUAUCCAUUAUGCAACAGUGCGACUCGCCGUAUGUGGUUCGCUAUUACGGCUCCUACUUCAAGCAGUAUGACCUGUGGAUCUGCAUGGAGUACUGUGGCGCCGGCAGCGUCUCGGACAUCAUGCGUCUGCGCAAGAAGACGCUAACGGAGGACGAGAUUGCCACCGUUCUGUCGGACACACUGCAGGGCUUGGUCUAUCUACACCUGCGUCGCAAGAUCCAUCGCGACAUCAAGGCGGCCAACAUUCUGCUCAAUACCGAAGGCUAUGCAAAGUUGGCCGAUUUCGGAGUCGCCGGUCAGCUUACGGACACAAUGGCCAAGAGGAACACUGUGAUCGGAACGCCUUUCUGGAUGGCGCCCGAGGUAAUAGAGGAAAUUGGUUACGACUGUGUGGCAGACAUAUGGUCACUAGGCAUCACCGCCCUGGAAAUGGCCGAGGGAAAGCCUCCCUACGGCAACAUCCAUCCCAUGCGGGCCAUCUUUAUGAUUCCCCAGAAACCACCACCCUCGUUUCUAGAGCCUGAUCGCUGGAGUACCGAGUUCAUUGACUUCGUGAGCAAGUGCCUGGUGAAGGAGCCAGACGACCGUGCAACGGCCACUGAACUGCUUGAGCACGAGUUCAUACGCAACGCCAAACACCGAUCGAUCCUGAAGCCCAUGCUGGAGGAGACCUGUGCCAUCCGCGAACAGCAGCGCGCCAAUCGCAGUUUCGGGGGUGUCCUGGCUGCUAGUCAAGCGAAGAGCUUGGCCACCCAGGAAAACGGAAUGCAACAACACAUCAUGGACAACGCGUUCAUGGAGGAUCCGGGUACUCUGGUGCCGGAGAAGUUCGGUGAAUACCAACAGAGCUCUGCCUCGGAUGCCACGAUGAUAGCGCAUGCAGAGCAGGGCGUAGAUGAGGGCACUUUGGGGCCGGGAGGCCUCAGAAAUCUGUCCAAGGCAGCUGCUCCUGCAGCGGCCUCUUCGACAGCAUCUCCUCUGGACAUGCCGGCAGUUGACAGUGGCACAAUGGUAGAACUGGAGUCGAACUUGGGCACCAUGGUUAUUAACUCCGAUUCGGACGACUCUACAACGGCCAAAAACAACGAUGAUCAGAAGCCGCGAAACCGCUAUAGGCCGCAGUUCCUAGAGCAUUUCGAUCGCAAAAAUGCGGGAGAUGCUCGUGGCGAUGAUAAGGCUAUAGCCACCGAGUAUUCUCCAGCAGCAGCAGAGCAGCAGCAACAACAACAGCAGCAGCAGCAACAGCAGGAGGAACAGCAUCUGGCCAGCGGGGCCAACGAUUUGAACAACUGGGAGCACAACAUGGAAAUGCAGUUCCAGCAGAUCUCCGCCAUCAAUCAGUAUGGACUGCAGCAGCACCAGCAGCAGCAGCAAGUUCUCAUGGCUUAUCCCCUGAUGAACGAACAGCUCAUCGCGCUCAACAAUCAACAGAAUGUGCUGCUCAGCAACGCAGCGCCAAUGGGCCAGCAGGGAAUACCGGCAGCAGCUGCGGCCCCAGCUCAACCGCCGCCCGCAUAUCAGAAUCUGCAUAUGCAUACGCAAUCGCACGCCUACGUGGAGGGUGAGUUUGAGUUCCUCAAGUUCCUCACCUUCGACGAUCUGAACCAGCGGCUGUGCAACAUCGAUCACGAGAUGGAGCUGGAGAUUGAAGAACUAAACAAGAAAUACAAUGCCAAGCGGCAGCCAAUUGUUGACGCCAUGAAUGCGAAGCGCAAACGGCAACAGAAUAUCAAUAAUAAUCUGAUUAAGAUAUAGAUGAUACCGAUACUGACUCUUACAGACUCGUUAUCUGUAACCACUUGAAAUUAUUCGUGUAUUGUGCAAAUUUAACCCGGUGGAAAGGUCUAAAAUCAAUCACAAGAAAUGAAAACACAAAAGCUUUAUUGUAAAAUGCAGAGAAACCAGAAAAGAGAAGUGAUCGGCAGUAUCUUCCAGCACGAAAUCGAAUUUUCAAUUUCUUUCAUCUUUGUUUUCAUUACAUUUAUGUUUGUUUUCGUAUGUCCUACCUUCCAUUGAUCUGUCUUUUAAUAUAGGUAUGCUCGAAUAAAAUUUAUUUUGCGUUUAUU